AUGAAGAACCCCAGGCCGGAACAUGUCGUGUUUGACCACGAACUCGCCGGCAUAGACACAGAGAAGCUCGGUAGACAGCGUCCAGCCGCGUUUGCUACGAUAUGGCAUGAGCUGUGCUUUGCCGUGUCCCUCCUCGGAUCCAUGGCCAUGUCGGAAUACUUCAUCUCCGGCUUCCACAUUGUCCUGCCGCUCCUCUCCGCCGAGCUGCGCAUCGCCCCCGCCGCGCAGACCUGGCCGUCGAGCGUCUUCACGCUCGCCGCCGCCGCGUGCCUGCUGCCGCUCGGCCGUGUGAGCGACAUGCACGGCGCGUAUGCCGUCUUCAACGGCGGCCUGGCUUGGGUUUGUCUGUGGGCGCUUGCCGCCGGCUUCGCCCGAAACUACGUCGCGCUCGUCGUCUGCCGCGCCAUGACGGGCGUCGGCGCCGCCGCGUUCCUGCCCGCCGGCAUCACGCUCAUUGGCAAGAUAUACCGGCCCGGGCCGCGCAAGAAUCUCGUCUUUGCCGUGUACGGCGCAUUUGCGCCACUGGGCUUCUUUCUCGGCAUCGUCGUCGGCGGCGUCACCGGCCAGUUUUUGUCCUGGCGCUGGUAUUUCUGGAUCGGCACGGUCGCGGUGCUCGGCCUCUGCGUCGCUGGCGUCUGUUCAGUGCCGCGCGACUUUACCCGGCGCGCGCCCGGCGGGCUCGCUAUGGACUGGCUGGGCGUCGGCACCAUUGUUCCGGGCCUCGUCCUGCUCGUGUACGGCAUCACGGACAGCGCGCAGGCGCCGGGCGGCUGGUCCAGCGCGCAGAUCCUGGCCACCGUCGGCGCGGGCGUGUGCUUCCUCGCCGCGGCCGUCUACGUCGAGGGCUGGGUGGCGGCCGACCCGCUGCUGCCGUCGGACCUCUUCGCGCCGCCGUACAUGAAGCGGCUCGUCGCCGGGCUGCUCUUGGCGUACGGCGCGUUUGGCGUGUUUCUCUUCUACAGCAGCUUCCACCUGGAGCUUGUGCUCGGCAAGACGCCGCUGCAGACGGCCGUCUGGUACAUCCCCAUGAUCAGCUGCGGCCUCGUGCUCGGCGCCGUCGGCGGGCUGACGCUGCACCUGCUGCCCGGCCGCGCGCUGCUGGUCCUGUCGGGCCUCGGCUUCGUCGUCGCCUGCCUGCUGUUCGCCCUCCUGCCCGAGCGGCCAAACUACUGGGCGUGGGUGAUGCCGGCCAUGAUUGCCGCGUCCGUCGGCAUCGACAUUGCCUUUACCGUGAGCAACAUCUUCAUCACGACGAACCUGCCGGCCCGCCGCCAGGGGCUGGCCGGCGCGCUCAUCAACAGCACCCUGUUCCUGGGCAUCAGCGUCUUUCUCGGCUUCGGCAAUGUGGCCGUGGCGCACACUUCGCACCUCUCGCUGAGGGAGAACUACCAGGUCGCGUUUUGGUUUGCGGUUGGGGUGGCGGGAGUGGCGUUGUGUAUAUUUGCUACCAUCGACAUUGGGGCAGCCAAGAGCGAGUUGACGGUCGAGGAGCGAGAGCAGAUGGAAUCUGAACAGGUUCAGUCUAGGGAGACUUGA